AUGCUCCGUUCAGCCAUUGCAUCAAUAGCAGCUGCUGCAAUCCUGCCCCUUGCAAGGGCUUCGCCUUCUAGUGGUCACAGUCCACUUCUAAAACCUCCCUCACUGGACUGUGAGCCGUGUAUAAACAGGGCAGCCUACAAGAUCAAGGCAAUCUACCAUGGCGAACGGCAAGAUCCUUUUUGGCAGCCAGUCGAGGCGGCGGCGCUUCAGGCAGCAGAUGAGCUUGGAGUGGACCUUGCCAUUCAGAUGUAUGAUCACUUUGAUCCUGCCAAGAUGGCUGAAGACAUCGUCAAAGCAAUCAUGGAAGAGCCCGACGCACUGAUAGUUUCCAUCCCCAGUCCGGAGGUUGCAGCAGCAGUCAGACAGGUCGUGACAGCAGGCAUUCCUGUUUUUGGUCUCAAUAGCGGCUACAAGUAUGCACAAGAGUUAGGAAUCCAGGCAUUUGUUUCUCAAGACGAGUAUGCGGCCGGGAUAGCGGCUGCCAAUGAAAUGCUGAAAGUGUCCAACAAUACCGUUGGCAAAGCCAUCUUCAUAAACCACGAGCCGGGAAACUCGGGGCUCGAGGAACGGAAACUGGGGUUUGGAGAUACAUUCUUCCUGAACACGGGCAAGAACAUUACCGAAGUAGACAUCGACCCCAAUGAUUCGCAGGAGGCGAUUGGACUCUCCAAUCUUUUGGAAGGAUGCUCGUACCAUUUUGUUCAGUUUGCAGGGCUUCGAGUCAACGAGAUUCUAGACAUUGAGUACAUCAUUCAGCGAUGUCCGGGCAUUAGACUUGGAACCUUUCACUCUUCCAAGAAUGUGCAUGACAGUAUUCUGAGCCAUAGAAUAUCCUUUGCCGUGUCACAACAGGAAUACCUACAGGCAGUGCUACCAGUACAAUUGGCUAUGACAUACGUUACAACACGCAAGCUUCCAAUGGCUCCGUUGAGUGCAACCAUGAUAUCAGGAGUUUACUUCUCUGGGUUAUCCAUCAUUGACAUUGACAAUAGUCCAUCAGAGAAGCUUCAACUUUGUGCGGAUGAAGGCUUUCCAGUGUGCCCAUCAGGUGGCCACAGUACAGAGACACCAUGCGGAUGUACAAAACGAUCCAAGUACCGAUUUCAGGGAAUUUUUCACGGAUUGACCUCCGAUCCAUUUUGGGAUCCUAUCUUCGCCGCGGCCGGGCAAGCUGCCAAGGACAUGGGCGUAGAAUUAGUCAUGGAUCGAUUUUUGCCUCCGAGUGACAGUCCCCGCAACGGGGAGACAGAUAAAGUCAUUGAGGAGAAAAUGGUGAGAAACAUUAUUACUCUCUGCGCCACCAAGUUUUCGCAGAUUGAUGGUCUGUUCGUGUCUAUUCCAAGCCAUGCAGUUGCGGAAGCAAUCAAGGUGUGCCUAGAAAAUGACGUCCCUGUCAUCUCCAUCAACUCAGGAGCAGAAUACUCGCGUCAACUUGGUCUCCUGCAUCAUGUGGGGCAACCGGAGUUUGAGGCUGGAUUCGCUGCUGGUCUUAGGAUGGCUGCUGAGGGGCAGGUUGACAGUGCGUGGUGUAUCAACCAUGAACCAGGGAACCAGGGUAUCUCAGAACGAUGCUUGGGAUUCCAGGCCGCUCUAGAGGAUGCAAAUAUUGCCUACAUGGGUCAGAUCGAGGUUCCUCGUGGGGAUGAUGUUGCCAUCUUCAUGUCCACAGUUGAGACAGCCAUCAACGAUGAUGGUGGUACUUGGAAAGGAUAUGGGCUGUUGCUGAAUGGACUUGUUCAUGUAGCUUCGGCACUUGCCCUGAAAGCUCAUCACGCCAACGUCACCAUUGGUUCCUUUGACACUUCAUCAAAAGUAAACAAAGCGUUGGAUGAAGGCUUCAUGAGCUUUGCCAUUGAUCAGCAACCCUACUUGCAGGGAUAUAUGCCCGUUUCACUGCUCACCGCGUUUGUUCAAAGCAAGCAGCACUUACAAGAUGAAGUCAUAAAGACUGGUCCUACCUUUCACUUCUCUUCCCCUUCUGAACAGCAACUGGCUUGCGAAGCCAACCACUACCAAGUCUGCCCCGUGGAGCAUGACUCUGUCAAUACUGUGGACCAGGAUUCCACCAAUGCUAUUGACCAACAACCAAACAUUCCAACAACAGAGAGCGAAGACUACACUGACAGCACAUCGAUCAUUGCGGGUGCACUGGUCACCCUUUUUGUGUUCCUAGUGGGACAGCAGCUGAAAUUGCUCUGUACAAAAAUGGCUGAUCAAGCGACACGCGAUCGCUUGGAAGCUGCUGCCCAAUCGGAACUAUCCAGAAAAGAAAAGUUGGACUCUACCGCCCAAGACGACUCGGAGGACGAGUGGGAGGACGAACCAGUCUAG